AUGAUGCCUGGCCAGCGACUGCAAGGCUGCCGCUCCCUGCACCUCAACGAGGACAACGGCCGCUUCGUGCUGCUCGCCGUCCUCAUCAUACUGUACCUGCUGUGCGGCGCUGCGGUCUUCUCGGCCAUAGAGAGGCCCUCGGAGCUGCGGGCGCACGGCCGCUGGAACGGGACGCUCCUCAACUUCAGUGAGACCUUCAACAUCAGCCUGCAGGACCUCAAGUCCUUCCUGCGGGAGUAUGAGGCUGCCAUCGCCGCCGGGAUCCGGGCUGAUGCCCUGAGGCCACGAUGGGAUUUUACAGGGGCUUUUUAUUUUGUUGGAACUGUGGUGUCGACUAUAGGUUUUGGGAUGACAACACCUGUGACAGUUGCAGGCAAGGUGUUCCUGAUCUUUUAUGGGCUUCUGGGCUGUGCCGCCACCAUCCUCUUCUUUAACCUCUUCCUGGAACGCAUCAUCACGCUGCUGGCUGUGGUGAUGAAGGCCGUGAGGGAGCGGCGAAUCAGGAACAGUGGUCUGCUCCCGCCUGGCAUCCGCCAUGACUUCUCAGCCUACUCCCUCCCAGGCUGGAAGCCCUCCGUGUACCAUGUGAUGCUGAUCCUCGGCCUGUCUGCCAUCACUAUCUCCUGCUGUGCAUCAGCCAUGUACACCCCUGUGGAGGGUUGGGCGUACUUAGACUCACUCUACUUCUGCUUUGUCACCUUCAGCACCAUCGGCUUUGGGGAUUUUGUCAGCAGCCAGAGUGCGGCUUACGAAUACCAAAGCCUCUACAGGGUGGCCAACUUCUUCUUCAUGCUAAUGGGUGUGUGCUGCAUCUACUCGCUCUUCAAUGUCAUCUCUAUUGUCAUCAAGCAGGUGCUGAACUGGAUGUUGGAGAAAAUGAGCUGCUUGUUUUGCCAGCGCUGCAAUAAAGCCAGCGCCCUCCUGGGCAGACGCAACGCCAUCCGCCCGGGCACCAAGGGUCGCCAGGGUCGCUCUGUCCAGCCGCCUGACUCAGACGGACCUUGCGAUAGUGACACUGAGGGACGCCGACUAUCGGGGGAGAUGAUCUCUAUGAAAGACUUGGCGGCCUCAAACAAGGUGUCGCUGGCCAUCAUGCAGAAGCAGCUGUCCGAGUCGGCCAAUGGAUAUCCCAGGACAGUCUGCGGCAGCUCACGCCAUAAUGGUUUCUCUGGGGGGGUUGGCGCCCUUGGUAUCAUGAACAACAGGCUAGCAGAGACGAGUAACUCCAGGUAG